UCUCUCUCUCUCUCUCUCUCUCUCCCUCUCUCUCUCUCUCCAUGGCGUCCCCCUGGAAGAGGACAGCCUGUGUGGCCUUCCUCGCUCUCUGCUGCUGCUGCCUGCGCUCUGGAGCUCUUCCCUGGGACACCGUGGCCAAGGGCUCACCUGGUGAGGACUCGGGGUGUGAGGGGCACCAGGUGGACGCCUGUGGAGUGUGCGAGGGUGAUGGCUCGUCCUGUGAGGUGGUCAGUGGGACGUUCUCACGCUCCACGCUAUCCGUGGGGUACCACAAAAUCCUGGAGAUUCCCGUCGGGGCCAAAAACAUCAAGAUACAGGAGCUCACCAAGAGCAGGAACUACCUGGCGAUCCUCACCCGAGAUGGCGAGUCCGUCAUCAGCGGGAGCUGGGCCAUCGACCGGCCUGGCGUCUUCUUCGCCGCCGGGACCCAGCUGACGUACCGCCGGCCCAACGAGAUCCGCAGCCGGGCCGGGGAGUCCAUCGCCGCCCCGGGCCCCACCACCCAGGAGCUGCACGUCUAUGUGAUCUACCAGCAGCCUGACCCCAGCGUGUCGUACCAGUACAUCCUCCCCCGAGUGACUACCCACAAUUCCCAGCCAGCCCCGCCCUCUCACAUCCUACCCCUGGGGGAAACGAUGGGGCUGCACACCAUCGAAGGGGAGGGCUUUUCUCUGCUGGACAACAACGGCAACGAGAACUCCCAUCCCAACCAGGUCCCCUCCGACCCCCUCCUCUCACCCACCACCGAGAGCCCAGGGGCCCAGGUCGGUCCUGAGCAGCUCUCUCCCUACGGCUGGAAACGCACCGGGAGCACGCUCUGCAGCGCCACCUGUGGAACAGGCAGACAUCAGAGUGUGUUCAGCUGCGUGGAGCUCGAGACCAGCGUUCCAGUCCCAGACAGCCUCUGUGAGCACACUCAGAGACCUGUACCUCAGGAAGAGGAUUGCAACACUCAGCUGUGCCCCGCCUUCUGGGACGUGGGCGAGUGGUCCGAAUGCAGCAAGUCCUGCGGCCCCGGGACCCAGCACCGGCAGGUCCUGUGCCGGCAGCCGCUGGCGAACGGCAGCGUCGUCCCGGCGGGGCCCAGGCGCUGCCGGCACCUCGAGCAGCCCGAGACCAGCGCCUCCUGCCAGCUGAAGAUCUGCAGUGAGUGGCAAAUCCGCUCUGAGUGGACCUCGUGCUCUGUGCCGUGCGGGGUCGGCCAGAGUGUGCGGGACGUCAAGUGCGUGGACAACCUGGGGGACGUGGUCCCGGACGAGGACUGCAAUAUGAAGCUGCGUCCCGAGGACCUGCGGAACUGCGACAUGGGGCCCUGCGCCCGCAGCUGGUUCUUCACCCACUGGAGUGACAGGUGCUCGGCCGAGUGCGGGGAGGGCAUCCGGAGCCGGACGGUGGUGUGCCUGAUGAACCACAUCAGCAGCCUGCCCCUGGAGGGCUGCGGGGACGAGAGGCCGGACGACCGCAUGCCGUGUGACCUCGGCCCCUGCCAACACAAGCCGGACUGGUACACCGGGCCCUGGGGGCAGUGCUCCUCCGAGUGCAGCACCGGAACCCAGAGCCGCAGCGUGGUCUGCCUGCUGCACAGCAACGGCAGCUUCGAGGUGGCCCCGCCCUCCGACUGCGCCCACCUGCCCCGCCCAGCCGACACUCAGCAGUGCCACCUCAAAAGGUGCGGCGCCAAGUGGUACGUCACGGAGUGGAGCUCGUGCUCGCGCUCCUGCGAAGGGGGGUACCAGGUUCGAGAGGUGCGCUGCCUGGCGGACGACAUGACGGAGAGCAGGGGCUGCGACCCCUUCCUCAUGCCGGAGGACCGGGAGGAGUGCAACACGCAGCCCUGCGUCCCGGAAAUCGAUGAGAGCUGCCAGGACAUGUACUACAACUGCAAUGUGGUGGUGCAGGCCAGCCUGUGCGUGUACUCCUACUACAGGACGGCCUGCUGCGCCUCCUGCAGGCGGGUCAGCGGGAGGGAGGGCGGGCUCCCCAGGAGGUGA